AUGACUAAUUUACCAGACGCCAUCCAAGUUGUAUUUAAGGUUAACGAUGAAGUUCGACAACUGCUUAAAGAGUCCAAGGAAAGUGGUUUACCCUAUGGCUACAAAUACUGUCCCGAAGAAGAAAAUUUGAACGAAUCAAAUUUCAGUAUCUCGGAAGAGAAGAGGAAGAUCAAUAUCCAAGAACUCUUAGAAUUAAGGAAGGAAUCUUUGAUGAUAGUUAAUGAGCUGCAGGAAGCGAAAGCGGAGACCGAAAGGUUGAAACAUGGAGAGUGCAGCCACUUGAAAGAUAUUUCACUGCUUCUUUUAGAAAAAGAGGGAGAGAAGCGCAAGACGAGGGAAUUGCAAGACACAAUCAAGAAGCUUAAAGAAGAGGCAAUAGAACGGGAACAAGCAUUCCGACAAGCGAAGCAAGAUACAGAGGCCAGGCACAGGAAGGAACUUGGGCAGUUGGCUACUAUUCUGGAGGCUACCACCACCAAGGCAGAGCAAGCUUCUACAGACUUGCAAAAGAUAAAGCAAGGUUCGACAAAAGCACUGGCAAAGCUUAACACCAAACUGGCCAAGAAUACUGCGGCUUUAACGGAAAAGGAACAAGAGCUAUCAAAAGCCACGGAAGCUCUUGCCACCAAGUCCUCCGAGUCCGAAGACAUUUUCAAGACAAUCUCCGAAAUAAAGCAAAGUCAUAGCAACUGUUCCAAGACGAUCAAGUCCUUAGAAAUUGAUUUGCGAGACGCCAAAGCUAUCAACAACGCCAGGCGAACAAGCACUCAUGCGGAAGCUGAUAGAAUGAGGAAAGGAAUCGCAAAAGCUACCGCGGAUCUCGAGGCACGUCUCAACGAAUUAAAAUAUAACAAUCAGGGACUGGAGAGUAAAUGCCGUAUGUUUGAAGAUAGAUACUCCGAGCAAGUGAUUGCAUCUGCGAAAAAGGAAGAGCAACUCAUUCGAAGCGUGGUGGAGGAACGGCGCUCUCAUGAUCAAGUUUUGGAAUUGCAGCGAGAUAUCGAGAAAGAUAAGAAUAGAUUUUUCGAAUUAGAGUUGAAGUUUCAGAAUCUUUGUCAUAAAUUUGGCGUUGAUAGGGAAUGA